UAUAUAUAUAUAUAAUAUAUAUAGUAGAUACACACUUAUUUCUACCAUGCAGUCUCUAACCAAAUUGUCUAACAAAUGCUGCCACCAUGAUUUGAUUAGAAAAUAAGAUUGCCUUCAUAUUUAAAUAAGCUCCAUUGUGCACCUGACAUCUUUCCCAGGUAAUUGAUACAAAUACAAACAACACUUAGUCUGAAAGGUUUGUGUGUGUGUGUGUUGGUACCUGUCUGUUUUUUUAACCCCUAUGCUCUCCGGUUACCUGCAUGUACCAAGUUGUCUGGGCGGGUCUUUGUGGCUGAAGAAGGUAAAACCUGCUAAAACAAAAAAAUCUGAUACACUCACGGGCUGCACUUAUUGGCUAACACGUCACUGGAGAACAAAAAGGACUAUUGUGAGAACUUGACCUGAGAGUUUCUACACUGCAUUCACAUCAGAAGAACAAUUCCUCAACAUCCCUUGUGAGACCUUCCACCAUCCUGGGUCCGAUCAUGGCGAUGGGCUUCUCCCCAGAGCAGGUGGCAUGUGUUUGUGAGGUUCUUCUCCAGAGUGGAAGCAUGGAUCGCUUGUCCUCUUUCUUAUGCUCUUUAUCCUCUGGUUCCACUUCGUCCAACGUGUAUCUGGCCAUGACACAGAGUCAGGAGAGCGUGCUGAAGGCGCGGGCUGCGGUCGCCUUCCACCACUGCCGUUUUGCUGAGCUGUACGCCUUGUUAGAGGGGAACGUGUUCUCCCCGCGCAGUCACCCUCUCCUCCAACAGCUCUGGCUCCGGGCUCACUAUAUGGAGGCUGAACUUCAGCGGGGCCGCCCUCUUGGAGCCGUGGGGAAGUACCGCAUUCGUCGCAAGUUUCCUCUUCCACGUACCAUCUGGGAUGGAGAGGAGACCAGCUACUGCUUCAAGGAAAAGUCUCGCAGCGUGUUGAGAGAGUGGUACUGCAGAAAGCCGUACCCCUCGCCACGAGAGAAACGAGAUCUGGCUGCAGCCACUGGACUCACUGCUACACAAGUCAGCAACUGGUUCAAGAACCGUCGACAGCGGGACAGAGCUGCGACCAGCCGUCAAGAAACAUCAGCAGGAGCGUUCCUGAGUUCUGAUGAGGAGCUCUCACCACCAGGGAGCCCCAGCGCACUCUUCUCCUGCUCCCAGCAGCUCUCUGCCCACCCGCCCCCUCUCCGACACCUGGGACCAGCACACUACUGAAAAGAAUGCAGUGGAAUACAGGUCAAAGGUCAAAGUUUUGACAUUUAAAAGUGCUGUAAGUGUGUUUGUACAUACAUAAAUGGCCUUCUACCUGACAAGACGACAUCAUUGAAAUAGGUGUCUUUAUCCACCUUAUUCCUACGCCCCAUGACGUUUAGCGCAAAUUAUGGGUGUAACUUCUGUUAAGCUGUAAAUAAUCAGUGAAAGACUCACUCUAUGAAUGCAAUAAUACAUUUUUUUGUGUUUUUUACUGGGGAACAAUGA